AUGGUGAAGGUGAGCGGGGUUUUGGGAGGGUUUUUAGGUUAUGGGGUGAUUCAGGUCGAAAAAAAACUAAUGGGCCUAUGCAGAAUAAUAUUUUGUAAUAAAAAAAACAUUUAAAAACAUAUUUUUCCUAUGCAGAAAAACGUCAAAAAAACAGAAUAUACAGUUUACUAUUUUUGAGUAGAGACAAUGUGAAAUUGAGAGAGUGCAGACAGUUUUUUGUAUUUUUUGUGCGAAAAAUCAAUUUGUCUGUCUGCACUCUCUCAAUUUCACAUUGUCUCUACUCAAAAUAGUAAACUGUAUAUUCUGUUUUUUUGACGUUUUUCUGCAUAGGAAAAAUAUGUUUUUUUAUUACAAAAUAUUAUUCUGCAUAGGCCCAAAAAAAAACGUUUUUUUACAAAAAAAUUCGAUUCAGCAAAUGUCAAAAAAACUUUUUUUUCCACACAAAAAUGUUUUUUUUCGACCUGAAUCACCCCAUUAAAAAUAGUCAUUUACACGUAAAAAUAUUCAAAAAGUUGAAAAAUUGUUCAAAUUGAAGUUUUGAAUAGAAUUUAUCAUAUAAAUUUUUGAAAAACUGAAUUUUUGUGGCCCUGAGGAAUGAGUUUUUAUUAAAAAUUGACCGAUUUUUGAAUUAGUAGGUUUCAAAAAAUUGAAAAAUUUAAAUUUAUCAUGAAAUUUUCAAUAAAUUGAUAUAAAUUUUUUUGAAAACUGAAUUUUUUGCCCCAAAAUUUAUUUUUUCUUCAAAAAAUACAAUAGAAAUUGCCACGUGGCAGAUUCAGAAAAUUUUUAUGAAACUUGAAAUUUUAACUUAAAAAGGUACUAAUUCACCGCUGAACAUUUAUUGGAAUAUAAAUUUUAGGCUCAAAAUCCACGUGGCAAAAUUUUCAACAAAAAAUACAGUACGUGGGAAAUUUCAGAGAUUUUUUUUUCAAUUUUUGGAUCAAAAAAAUUCAAACAAUUGUUUCCCAAAAAUUUUUAAAUGAAAAUUUUGAAUUUCAGUAGAAAAAUUCGUUCAAAAUCUCAUUUUCCCCCCAAAAACCCCAAUUUUCUUUCAGGUUUAUUGGGCUCGAAGCCCCGGAAUGAACGAAGAGCCAUUUUUCAAUAUGUGGGAUAUAGAUAAAGGUGUUAUCAGUGUACCGUAUGACAAAUUACCACCACAACUCGAGAAAUUGUGCGAAGGAGCGAUAUUGGAUUUGGAAAGUUUGCCCGAAAAAAAACGACAAAUGUAUAAGGAAAAUGGCGAGAUUCAAUUGAAUGCACAAAUUCAACCACAAACUAGUCAGAAUUCGGCCAUUGCUCAUCAUAAUAAUAUUCAAUUGCCACCACCGCAGCCAAUUCAGACAUCUGCUGGACUUCCACCACAAUUUUAUUCGGGAGGUGAGCAUUUUUGGAGAAAAUUUGAAAGUUUACAUGAAAUUUUUUGAAAAUCUAAUAUUUUUUAUGAAAAAUAAUUGAUUUUUUUCGAAAAAUUCAACAAAUCUGGAGUAAUUUUAUCUGAAAAACUGGAAAAUCUGAAUUUUUGAAAUUUUUCCUAAAAGUUUUGAAACAGCCGAAUCUAGAAAGCCUAUUUGUCUAGUGGCUGAGCCUAGAGAACCCAUUUGUCUAGGACCCGCGCCUAGAAACCCUAUUUCUCAAGGAGCCGCGCCUUAAGCCCCGUGUGACAAGUAACCGCUCCUAGAGAACCGAUAUGACAAGGAGCCGAGCCUAGAAAGCCCAGUUGUCAAGUAGCUGAGCCUAGAGAACCUAUUUGUCUAGGAGCCACGCCUUGAGAAUUUCUAUGGCAAGGAGCCGCGCCUUGAGAAUUUCUAUGGCAAGGAGUGGCGCCUUGAAAGUCUAGUUCUCAAGCAGGCGCGCCUAGAGUUUCGAGAUUUCUCUCAUUAUACGAAACUAGUUUUGAUUUGAAAGACUUUCAAGCAUUCAACAGAAAAAUCACAUGAAUUUGAAUGAAAUUUGACACAUUUUUACUGAAAUUCGAAAUUUUCUAAAAAUUAUCCUUUCGGACCAUCAAAACUGCUUGGGUUACUGUAGAUUUUGGAUGUUCUCUUUGUUUGUCCAUGAAACAUAUCACUAAAACCACCUAAAAACCCAUUUGCUUCAUAAAAAAAUUUGAAACGUAUUUUUUUCUGGGAUAAAAAUUGGACAGAUUUUUGAGGAAAGGAUGAAAUUUGACAAAAUUCACUGAAUUUCAGAUGAAAAAACCAGUUCCAACAAAAUUUCAGAUUUUUUUUUGCAAAAAUUUAAGAAUUUCAGUCAAAAAGUUUCGUUUUGAAAGAUUUUCAAGAAUUCAGCAGUAAAAUCACAUUUUUAUUCAAAAUUUGACCAAUUCUUGUUCAAAAUGAGAUUUUUGGUUGAGAAAGGGUACAUUCUCAGUGAAAAAUAUGAAAUCGCAUUGUUUUUGCAGUUCCUCCACCCGGUCUCCCAUCUGGUUAUCCACCAAUGUUACAAACUGGUCGACCAUUCGGUCUUCCUCCACCUCCACAACAACAACAGCCUCAAUCAUUCCCGCCAGCUCCUCGUCCAUAUGGUGCACCCUCCAAUGUAUCCACCACUUCCCGCUGCCCAAAUUCCCCAUCUCCCACCUGCAAAUACAGCUCCGGUGACUCCUUAUCGUGCUCCGCCGCCGCCUGCGAAUGGUUUUGCCGCCGGCGGCGGAUUGCCGCCUCAACAUCCACACUCAAAUAUGUAUCAACGUGGACCGCCGCCAAGAAUUGGAGAAAUGCGAAGGAAUGUGGAUAAUAAUUAUCAUCGAGGGGGAGGAGGAACAGAGAAUAAUGAACGGUUUAGGUGAGAAAUUUUCACAAAUUUGUGAUUUUGGGCUUGAAAUUUGAGAAAAAUCCGUGAUUUUUGAACUUACCAGUUGAAAAAUUGUGAUUUUCAUGUCAAGUAGGUGAAAUUUUGUGCAUUUUACCUUAAGUAGGAGUUUUCCGCUAAUUUUUACGUAAAGUAGGUGAAAUCCGCUGAUUUUUUGGUCAAGUAGGAGUUUUCCGGUGAUUUUUACGUAAAGUAGGUUAAAUUUGGUGAUUUUUUUACCCGAGAAGUCUAUUUUUGGUAAUUUUUCAAAAGUUUUGCGCUGAAAAUGCUGGAAUUUGUGAUUUUCGAUGAUUUUCAGCAUUUUCAUCGUUUUCAGCACAACAUUUUAAUCUAGAAAUAUCGAUUUUUUAAGGUUGAGAGGUCAGGGGAUCGAGUCCCCAUCAGAACUAGUCUUUUCUUUGUAAAAAAAAAGCUUCUAGGUCUAAAUUUUGCGCUGAAAAUGCUAAAAAUCACGUUUUUCGAUGGUUUUCAGCAUUUUCAGCAUUUUCAGCACAAAAUUUUGAUCUAGAAGUGAGGAUUUUCGAAUUGAGAGGUCAGGGGAUCGAGUCCCCAUUAGAACUACUCUUUUUCUUUGUAAAAAUAAGCUUCUAGAUCAAAAUUUUGCGCUGAAAAUGCUGGAAUUUAUGAUUUCCGAUGAUUUUCAGUAUUUUCACCAUUUUCAGCACAAAAUCUCUUAUUUUCAGCAGAGAUCGCGAAUCGGAUCGUCGACGCUACGAUGAUCGAGAUCGAGAAAGAGAUCGCGAUCGCGAUUCAACGCGUCGCAGAUCUCGUUGGGCGAGAGAUGAUGAUGAUAGAAGAGACGAUAGAGAAAGAGACAGAGAUAGAAGAAGAUCACCGGAAAGAAGAUCGAGAGAUUUGAGAAGAAGUCCGAGUUAUGAUGGAGGACAGGAAAAAGAGAAGGAAAAACAAGAGGAACAGAGAAAAACGGGUGGAAAAGAGCAGCAAAAUGAGCAGGAAACAACACAAAUUACAGUUGCUGUGCCUGAAAAUCCGAUUCGUGAGUGA